UAACAGCACGUUUCCGUUUCCACCGUGAUGUGUUGCCCGUGGACUUUCCCGUAGCAAAAGUCAGGCUGUUUUGUCCCUCGCUGCUUUCCGUCCGGAUCGUACGAACUGGUUUUCUCGCUCAGAAAUGGCUGAAGCUCCCCCACGGCCCUGCCGGUUUUUUUGUCACCGGUGUUCAGCAGAGAUUAACCCGCGUUUACCGGACUACACCUGUCCACGCUGUGAAUCUGGCUUCAUUGAGGAGCUGCCAGAGGAUAGAAGUACCGAAAAUGGGUCCGCAUCCACGUCCUCCACCAGUGAUCAGAACCGCCCAUCCUUUGAGAACAUGGAUCAUCAACAUUUAUUCACAUUCCCCUCGGGGUACGGUCCAUUCGCCCUUGGGAUCUUUGAUGAAAACUUCGACCUUCGAACGCGGCUGCCCACAGAGGACAACCGCGAGACAGAAAACCGGAGGGAGCGGGAAAUGGCAUCACGACAACGAUACAGUGCGCGGCAGCCACGGGGUCGACACGUUCCUCGACGACAGGGUACGCGCCAUGAAGGAGUGCCCACGUUAGAGGGAAUUAUCCAGCAGCUUGUAAAUGGAAUCAUAGCACCUACAGCCAUGCCAAAUAUCGGGAUGGGACCGUGGGGUAUGCUACAUUCCAAUCCAAUGGACUACGCCUGGGGUGCUAACGGUCUCGAUGCAAUCAUUACACAGUUAUUGAACCAGUUUGAAAACACGGGUCCUCCUCCUGCAGACAGAGAAAGGAUAAAGAGUUUACCCACCAUCUCCAUUACAGAGGAACACGUGGGUGCUGGUUUGGAGUGUCCCGUGUGCAAAGAAGACUACAGCGUCGAGGAACGUGUUAGACAACUGCCAUGCAAUCAUUUGUUUCAUAACGACUGUAUAGUACCAUGGCUGGAACAGCACGACACGUGUCCUGUGUGCAGGAAGAGUCUUAGCGGACAGAACACAGCCACAGACCCACCAGGGUUAUCAGGAAUGAACUUCUCUCCCUCCUCCUCCUCCUCUUCUUCUCCCAGCUCACCUAGCAAUGAGAAUGCAGCCAGCAACUCAUAGAUUUUCACCUUCACCGCCAUUUCACAUCUGAAAACCUCACAACCUACGCCGAACGGCUCCUCUUCUCCACAGCUGAGACCAGGACAGUCGUCUGUCUCAAAUCAAGGGGACGAUAUGAGUCGAGGUGAACUCAGAAUCUGUUACAGACUGUUAGUCAUCAUUCCUCCCCCUGUGCUGAAUGGACGCUGGGUCCAGCUCCUGCUGCUAUCGUCGAGUAUUGUGUGGAGGUGGGACUGGGCAAUGUUGAAGAAGGAUCCAGAGAGGCUGUGAAAUAGUAAUAAAAUUGAGGUUGUAACCAGAACGGGAGCAGAGUUUGAGCCAGAGUGGACUGCUUUUUGAUGGAGACACGUCUUUGCUAUGAGGCUGGGACACGUUUUAUAUUUAAAAGACAAAAAUGCUCUUUUUAAAAAUAAUAAUAAUAAUGAUAAAAAACAUUUCCUGUGGUGGUGCAGAGUUACAUAGAUGUGUAGAUAGAGAAUUCAGUUUGAACGGUCAGCCGCUGUACAGCUAAAGGAUCAAACUAAAACCUUGUGGAGAGUAAACUGAGUUUAUGCAUCAGAUUUUUAUUUAUUUGCACCUUUUUUUUUUUUCUUUUUUUUGCACAAAAUUCUCACUGAUGUUGAGAAUGUGAAUUUGGGCAAACUACUGAAAAAAAGAUUUUUCACAUUUUGCAUUGAUCUUUUUAGGACUUGUUUUUGUUUUGUUUUUUUCUUUUAUUAGAUUCUCUUUUUAUUAGAGCUUUAUCCAGUGUUCGUGGUGUAUCUUGACAAGGUAAAGAUCCACAAAGCUCAACAGUGGACAUGUUUUUAUUCCUCACAUGAGGGGGAAAAAAAUAUCACAUACCUACUUAUUUAUUGAACCCUUGCCCAGAACACAAAUUGAGCAAUGUAAAGGGAAAAAUAAAAACACAUAAAAAAAAGGCAUGGGAUCAUCUUACCUCUAUGGAACUGACCAAAUGUGUUUCACAAAACAAGUGUUUAUUAUUUUAUUUACUGAUUUUUCGUACAGUCAAAAUAAAGUGCUAAAACAAAG